ACCAGAAAUGUCACACGUGUCUCAGAAUUCCACCUCAUGGGCUUGUCAGAGGAUCCAAAGCUGAAGCCUCUCCUCUUGGGACUGUUCCUCUCCAUGUACCUGGUCACGCUGCUCGGGAACCUGCUCAUCAUCCUGGCUGUCACUUCUGACUCCCACCUGCACACACCCAUGUACUUCUUCCUCUGCAGCCUGUCCUUGGCUGAUGUGGGGUUCACCUCCACCACGGUUCCCAAGAUGCUUGUGGACAUUCUCACCCACAGCACAGCCAUCUCCUUUGCCGGCUGCCUGAUUCAGAUGUCUCUCUUUCUCCUCUUUGCUUGCAUGGAUGAUUUGCUGCUGACAGUGAUGGCCUAUGACCGGUUUGUCGCCAUCUGUCACCCCCUGCAUUACCAGGUCAUCAUGAACCCCCGCCGCUGUGGCUUCUUAGUGUCAUUGUCCUUCGUGGCCAGCCUUUUGGAUGCUCUGCUGCACAGUUUGGUGGUCUUACAAAUUACCUGCUUCAAGAAUUUGGAGAUUUCUAAUUUCUUUUGUGAUCCAUCUCAACUUCUCAGUCUUUCUUGCUUUGCCACAUUCAGCAGUGACAUAGUCAAAUAUCUUGCUGGCAUCAUAUAUGGCUUCCUCCCUAUGUCAGGGAUCCUCUUCUCCUACUAUAAAAUCGUCUCCUCCAUUCUGAGGGUCCCAUCACCAGGUGGAAGGUAUAAAGCUUUCUCCACCUGUGGCUCUCACCUGACAGUGGUUUGCUUAUUUUAUGGAACAGGCAUUGGAGUGUAUCUCAGUUCAGCUUUCUCUGAUUCUGUUGGGGAAAGUGCUUUGGCCUCAUUGGUGUACACUGUGGUCACCCCCAUGCUGAACCCCUUUAUCUACAGCCUGAGGAACAGGGACAUGAAGAAGUCCAUGCAAAGGGUACUCAACAAAUUAGUCUCAUUCCAGUGCCUGAGCUAUGCAUUGGGACUCGGCGGGAAAAGUAGCAAUACUAUGCAUUAG